AUGGAAGCAUCAACAAAUGGAUCACUAUCAAAUGGCAAUAAUAAUGGAAACCACACAAUGGAUCCCAAAAACAAUUCCUCACUUCCAGAUAUACCUCAUAUAACAGAAAAUUUGAUUCCUUUAUCAAAUAUUUUAAGAUUUUAUACUCAAGAAUCAUAUAAACAAUUAACAAAUGCAAUAGAAAAUUUAUCAAUAAAUGUAAAUAAUGAAUCAGAUGUGAAACGAAAGAAAUACUUUUUAGAUAUUAUAAUAGCAUUAAGACAAGAUUUUUUAAAAAUUUAUACAUUAGUUAAAUGGUCAAAUGUUGCAGAAGAUGUUUCAAAAUUUAUUGAUUUAUUAAAUUGGUUUAGAUUACAAGAUUUUCAAUUUGAAAAUUUAAUGUUUCAAUUAUCAAGUCUCAAUGGAUUUGGAGGAGCUAAAUUACCAAAUUUUGAUAUAAUUACUGCAUUAGAAGUAUUUUAUGAAGGUCGACCAAUAUUACCUUCACAUAAUUAUUUAAAACAUAAAAAAAUCACUCCUACUAAAACUUUAGAAGUAUUAAGAGAUUUAAAUUUAAUAUUAAUGACAAAAUUUGCAUUGAUAGAUAUACCGAAAAGAUUUCAAUAUGAAAUUAAAGAUGGAAGAGCUUAUAUAACAGUUGAAAAAGAAUUUCAAGUAAGUGUAACAUUAGCAAACGAUGAUAUUGAAAAUGAUAAUUCAAAUCCAUUUUAUAUGAUUGAUUUUAAAUUUUUAUUUUCAAUGGAUAUAGAACUGAAAUCAAUUAAAUCAAGUAGUAAAAAUAAUAAUGAAUUUUGUACAAAACUACCGACAAAAUCGUAUAUAAAAUUGGAAAAAAUAGCAAAUCAAACUUUAUUAAAUUCAGGACUACAAGGAUUUUAUGAUUUACUUCAUAAAUAUACUAUAUCUUCAAAACUAUUUAUGAUAGCAAGACAAUUAAAAGAAUUAAUGAAUUCACCUAAUUGGAAGAAUAAUCUACAAAUAAAUUAUCAAACGGGGAAUGCCUUGAUUAUAGUGAAUUAUUGGUCGCAACAAUAUUUAUCUAGUCAAUGGAAAUCGUUCAUUGAGAUUGGGUUUGAUAGAACAUUCAAUUUGAGUUAUAGAUGGUUUAAAGAUGGAAAAUAUGUAAGUGAAGAUACAAUAAAUAAUAUAAUUCAAAAAGAUGAUUUUAAUAACAAUGAAGAAAUUAAUAUUGAAUCAAUAAUCACAAGUUUUAUGUUAGAACAUUCAGCAAAUAUCAUGAAUUUGAUUGCUUCAAAGUUCGAAGAAAGAACUUUAGAAAAAAUUCAAUUUUUAAGUCCACAUCAAAUUAUGUUUCCCUCGUCACCUAAAAAAUCAGCAAUACUAGCAAUAAAUCCAGUAAAUGGUCAAUUCUAUUUCCUCGACCCAACACCCAUUCAAUCAAGAAUCAUUAAAAGAAUCAAUUCACCACCAUCGAUAAACAAAAGUUUUAUAUCAGAAGAUGACAUGGCAAAUUCAGUAGUUGAAGGAUUAUUACAAUUGAAAUUAGAAACAUUUACAAAAGAAAUUAGUAAUUAUUUAUUAACUACUGAAUGGAUAAAUAAUCUGAUAAUAAGAUUAAAUGAAUUUGAAAUGAAUAAUUUAUUUAAAACAAUAAAUGAAACUGAAGGAUAUGUAAGAGUACAAUUUUAUAGAAGAAAACAUUGGCCAUCUACUUGGUUUUUAAUUGUAAUGAUAAACGGUAUAACAAAUAAAACUUAUUGGUGGGUUGCAAGAAUUAAAUCAAUUGAAGGAAGUUGGGUUACAAAUCAUUCUCAAAAUUUACAUUCAAAUCCUGAAUUAAAUUAUCAAUUUUUCAUAAAUUUAGGUAAAUUUACUUUACAAAAAAUUAUUAAUCAUGUUAUAUUAGAAGAAAUUAAAUCAAGAAAUAUUAAAUUUACUGAAAUUAAUGAAGAAGAUGAAUCGUUAAAAGAAAUUUUUGCUAAUGAAGCUAAAGAUCAAAGCCCUUCAAUUGAUGGAUAUAUAAUAUACAAAUCAAUGAUUAAAUUAGAGAAUGAUGAUUUAUUACCAUUACAAAUUUCAUCACCAUAUUUAUUCCUACAAAUUCAACUCGUAAAUCAAACAAACAAUAAUAAUCAAAAUAAAAUGCAUGUAAAACUUUUAGGUAAACUACAAAAUUCAACUAUAAAAAAUUCAUCAGAAUUAACAAAAUUAAAUUUAAAAAUUGAUGAAAAUAAUAAAAAAUUUGAAAUAUCAACAUCAAUUGAUUUAAAUCUUAUAAUUAAUGAAAAUUCAUCUUCAACAAAUGAUAAAAAUUUUUUAAAUCCAAUAUUUGAUAAUUUAAAUAAAUUAAAUAAUUUAUUAAAAAUAAUGGAUCAAUUAAAUGAAAAUAAAUUUCAAAUAUUAGAUAAUUCAAUGGAUAAUAUUAUAAUUAAAUUAAAUGAUGAUAUUGAUAAAUUAAUUAUUACAUUACCUGAACAAAGUUCAAGUUCAAUUAGGCUAAGUACAAUAACUACAUUAAAUUGGGAAAUAGAAUUAAUAAUAAAUUAUUUAAAUCAAUAUUUAAAACAAUCAAAAUCAACAAAUAUUAUAGGAAUAUUAAAUUAUUUAAUUGAAAUAAACCCCAUUAUAAAAUCAAUAAAACAUAUUCAACAAACAUUAAAUCAACAACAAAUUAUAAAUCAAGAAGAAUUUAAAUUAUCAAAUGGUUUAAAUAAAAUAAAUUUUGAUGCAAUAUUUAAUAAUUUAAAUCAAUUUCAAUUUAUGUUUAAUAUUUCAUCAACUAUACCAAAUACUAAAAAAAUUCAAAAAGAUAAAAUUCUAAUAUCAAUUUCAUUUAAACCAAAUAAAUAUUCAACUUCUAAAAAAUCAAAUCUUUUAAAAAUUUCAUUUAAAAAUAAUCUCAACUUAAAAAAUAUAAAAUUUAAAAAAUUAUUUGAAUUAAUUUUUAAAAAUAUAAAUGAAAUGGAAAGAAAUAAACAAGAUGAAAUUAUAAAAUUUAAUGAAUCAAAUUUAAUUUUAAAAUUAAAUUAUGAUUUCUUGAUAAGUUUAAAUUUAAUUGAAGAAAUAAUGAAUAGAAUAACAAAAUGUUUUUUACAAUAUUUAAAAGAGCUUUAG